CUGAAACGAAGAGAGGGGAGUAGUGGUGAGGUUGUUCCCGAGUUUGUCUCUCCCUUAUCAGUUUGUUGGUAUUAUAAAGCUUAAUCUGCAAUAAUAAGUUCCAGUCUGAUGUCUUCUUUUCUGUGGGGACAGGUCACCGUUUGCAAUGAAGUCACAUGAAAAUGGAGAGAUUGAUUUGGAAGAUGGAAAGUCAGAAAAGCCUGUAGAUAAGGUUAUACGCAGUAACAAACUUAUGGUGCAUAAUCAGGCUUUAUUAGCUGGCCUAGCAUAUUGUAUUUCUUCCUGCAGCAUGAUACUGGUCAACAAAUUUGUGCUUUCCAGCUAUAACUUCAGUGCUGGUAUAUCUUUGAUGUUGUACCAGAACUUUAUUUCAGUAAUCAUUGUAUCAACGUUAAGCUUCCUGGGUAUAAUCUCAACAGAACCACUAACAUGGAGACUAAUCAAAGUCUGGUUGCCUGUUAAUGUCAUAUUUGUCGGAAUGCUCAUAACAAGCAUGUUUAGUUUGAAGUAUAUCAAUGUCGCCAUGGUCACAGUUUUGAAGAAUGUGACUAAUGUUAUCACUGCAGUAGGCGAGAUGUAUCUAUUCCAGAAGCACCAUGAUAAUAGAGUGUGGGUGGCUUUAUUCUUAAUGAUUGUUUCAGCCAUUUCUGGAGGCCUCACAGAUCUAUCUUUUCAUGCCGUUGGCUACACAUGGCAAAUCAGAAACUGCUUUUUGACUGCAUCAUAUUCGCUCACUCUACGUAGGGUGAUGGACACUGCGAAGCAAGUUACCAGAUCUGGGAACCUAAACGAGUUCUCAAUGGUCAUGCUCAACAACACUCUUUCUCUUCCCCUGGGCCUUGUUCUUAUAUUUGUAUUCAAUGAGGUGGACUACCUCACCACAACUCCCCUUUUGACAUUACCAGUCUUCUGGCUAGUGAUGACAUUGAGUGGGUUCCUGGGUCUUGCUAUCAGCUUCACUUCUAUGUGGUUUCUUCACCAGACUGGGGCUACCACAUACAGCCUAGUUGGAUCGUUGAACAAGAUUCCUCUAUCUCUUGCUGGCAUCCUGUUGUUUAAAGUACCUACAAGCUUGGAGAACUCUGCUAGCAUCCUCUUCGGUUUGGUGGCUGGAGUAUUCUUUGCCAGGGCAAAAAUGCGUGAGAGACCGUAGUUUGCUGGCAGAAUCUGGCAAAAUCGCUGAUGUAUACAAAGUUUAGCAUCUCCACCUUAGCUCAGGCAGGUGCAUGAAACCCUGCUAACUUCGAGAACCACUGGUCCAAAUAGAUUUUGUACACUAAUUUACCAGGCACCGCCAUCUCGGUUAUCUGCUCUACGCCUUAUGCUUCUGCAAUACAAUGGGAGGUCUGUA